AUGCUUCCCAUUGUCCGCUGUGAGAUCCGCGACUGCAAAGUCCGCCGAGACGAGUAUAUAAUAGCGUCUCUCCACCACAUAAAAAUUGAAAGUUACAAUCACCAUCACUUCAAUUGUCAAUUCAAUUUCUCCUCAAUACCAUUUCAAAGAAAACUCGCUACGAAAAGAAAUCUUAUCAAAAUGCUCCCCUCGUACCUUCUCACUCUCAUCGCUAUGCCUCUGGCGCUAGCUGCCCCAACCAAAUGCUGCAACAAGGCCAUCACAUCGCGCGCAUACCACGAAAAGAUUAUGAACAACUAUCUCAAUGUCUGGGCAGGAGACCUGUCUCUUGUUGACACUACCUUUGCACCGGCCUUGAUCUUGCACGGUGAUCGAUUCCCGACUGGAGCCCACGGAUCGGUCCAAUUGGCGCCAUUCGUAAACAGCUCCGCGGCAUUUGCUGCGUUUGUGCAGUCUACACGCUCCGGAUUUGAUAGAUACGAGUUUGCCGUGGAUAGAUGGGCUGGCGACGGUCUCAAUGUGGCCAUUCGCUGGAUCUUGAAGGGCGUGAUUGGUCCCAAGUUCAAGGUUGUGCCUACAAUGCUGAAGGAGGGAUCGGCUGUCACAUAUAACGGUACGGAAUUUCUUACAUUGGAUCCGUGUACUGGUCUCAUCGUGGACGUGAGCAGUGCGCAAGACUUGAUUGAUUUUAUGCACAAUCUUGGUAACGACAUCAACUUGACACCCAUCCAAGGGUAA